AUGGCUUCCAAAGCACUCGCGAUCAUUGCUGGCGUUGGCCCCGGUACAGGUGCCUCAAUCGCUAGGAGAUUUGCAAAGUCAUACUCUGUUGUGGUUCUUGCUCGAAACCCAGACAACUACGACCCAGUUGUUCAAGAAAUUAAUUCCAGCGGCGGCCAAGCCAUCGGCAUUAGCACCGAUGUCUCCGACUCGAAGAGCGUCAAUGCCGCAUUUGACAAGAUUAAAGCAGAGUAUCCUUCCUCAAAGGUAGCUGCUGCCGUUUUCAAUCCAGGUGGCGGCUUUGUUGUCAAGCCAUUCCUCGAGCUGAAGGAAGAAGAUUACUCCUAUGCACUCAAGUCACAGGGACAGGGCGCCUUCAACUUUGCCCAACGGGCUAUUCCGCUGCUCCUAGAAGCUCGCGAAUCGUCCGAGCAUCCGCCCACCCUGAUCUUCACGGGAGCUACAGCGAGUCUUAAAGGUUCAGCUAAGUUUGCUGCUUUUGCUUCAGGCAAGUUUGCACUGCGUGCACUGGCGCAGUCACUUGCUCGCGAGUUUGGGCCUCAGGGCGUACAUGUAUCGCAUACUGUUAUUGACGGUGUCAUUGAUAUCCCUCGUACCAAAGCCUGGGUAUUUGAGCAUGAAGAUGCAAAAUUAAGCCCCGAUGCUAUUGCGGACUCAUAUUGGUACUUACAUACUCAACCACGCACGACAUUUGCGUUUGAGUUGGACCUGCGACCUUAUAUUGAGAAGUGGUAG